UUUUCAUUGAUGAAUAUGUAGGCUGAUGAUAAGAUCAACUGAAUGAGAGAGGCGACGCGAGACAGCCAAUCAGAGUCGUAUGGUACUUUUAACUUUUGUGAUCGAACAGGCAGGGGAGCGUAAUCCUUAAUAGUAGGUUCUCGAGUGUUGUUAAUCGUCUCCCCUCUCGAGUGUUUGCCGGGUCUAUUUAUAGUGAAGUCUCCACGCCGAGAGCGCAAGAGAAGAGAGAUUCACAGGAAGUUACAGAGACAUUUCAAAUUUUAAACUGUAUUUAUUCAAUUCACAGUUUUGUUGUUUUUCUCUAGUCUAGAUCUAGAUUAUAUAUUGAAUAAUCCAUUUCAUUUGCCAGACGGAUAAAAGCGUAUUCAAUUUUUAUAUAGUGAGUAUUCUCUAUCUCGACAAAUAGGAUCUGCAUUUAGUACGACGUAGGAUAUAAACAAUUAUUUCAAGGGAGAGAACACUGAAGACUUUAAGUUUGUUUAUGUUGACUACCUUAUAACAUGGUCACUCUAAACUCUGGGCUAAUUGUGAGGCUGCUGUUUGUCACGUUAGUUUUUCUUCCCACUACAAACGCAGAGAAUGGCUGCUGCUCCUUUCCCUGCCAGAAUAAAGGAAUAUGUCUCACUGGGAAAACACCUGGAUCUUAUACCUGUGACUGCAGUAAUAUUGACUUCUACGGGAAAAACUGUGAAACGCCCACUUUAGUGAAAAGAAUCAAAUUGAUGUUAAGACCAUCCUCUGAUACUCUCCACAACUGGCUGGUUAGCUCUUCCUUAAAGUGGAUUUGGGACAUAAUCAAUAAUGUGGAAUUUUUGCACAACUUCCUAAUGAAGAGAAUCUACUUGUUGAGAUCUAAUGUCGUGGACAGUCCACCUCUGUAUGAAACAAUCCAUGAUUACCCAACUUUGGAUGCUACGACCAACACAACAUUGUAUGCACGAACACUUCCACCAGUUCCACUGGACUGCCCAACACCAAUGGGAACUAAAGGUCCUAAAGUGCUCCCAGAUGUAGAAUUUUUAGCCAAACAGUUUUUUACCAGAACCAAAUUUCGUCCAGACCCAAUGGGCAGCAGUGUCCUCAUGGCUUUCUUUGCCCAACAUUUCACUCACAUGUUCUUCAAAACAGACGUUAAGAAAGGUCCAGAAUUUACGUGGAGUGGACAUGGGGUUGAUGUCUCAUCAAUAUAUGGCCGCAAUGUACAUGAGGAAAAUCUUCUAAGAAGUUAUGACAGUGGAAAACUUAAAAUGCAGACUAUAAAUGGCGAGGAAUACCCCAUGUUUACCAAAGAUGUGCCAAUAACGAUGGGCUACCCACCAAAUCACCCAGACACUCUUAAAUUUGCUAUGGGACAUCCAUUCUAUGGGCUGAUGCCAGGCCUCUUUCUAUAUGAGACUAUUUGGAUGAGAGAGCAUAACAGAGUCUGUGAUAUCAUGAAACAGGAACACCCUGACUGGGAUGAUGAGAGACUUUUUCAGACAGGGAAACUUAUUAUUUUAGGAGAAACCAUCAAAAUUGUUAUUGAAGACUAUGUUGAGCAUUUGGCUAAUUACAAUAUCAGAAUCAAAUUCAAACCAACAGUAUUAUUUGGUGAAAGCUUCCAGUACCAGAACAAGAUAAAUGCAGAGUUCAACCAUUUGUACCACUGGCACCCAUUGAUGCCUGAUGAAUUCAAUAUCAGUGGCACCAUUUAUCCUAUCAAAGACUUUAUCUAUCAUUUAGAACUUGUUCUCAAACAUGGUACUGCAAACUUUACAGAUUCACUUUCUCGUCAAAGAGCUGGACAUAUGUCUCACCACAAUCAUGGUCCAUAUACUAUUAAUGUACUUAAAGAGACAAUCCUUCAUGGCAGACAGCUUCGCUUACAGUCAUUGAAUAACUACAGAAAAAGAUUUAAUCUUGACCCAUAUACAUCCUUUGAAGAAUUGACAGGUGAAAAAGAGCUAGCUUCACAAUUAGAAAAACUCUAUGGUGACAUAGAUGCUGUGGAGUUUUACGUCGGCAUUUUGAUGGAGAAGCGAAGAGCCAAAAAUCUAUUUGGUGGCACCAUUGUGGAAAUAGGUGGCCCAUUUUCAGUCAAAGGAUUAAUGUCUAAUGCCAUCUGCAGCAGACAAUAUUGGAAGCCUUCUACCUUUGGGGGUGAAGUGGGAUUUAACCUCAUCAAAACAGCUACCCUCAAAACUUUGUUUUGCAACAAUAUAAAAGGUCCAUGCCCCUUAGUUUCUUUACGAGUGCCUGACUACAGCGAUGGAGAUGUUGAUGAGGACAAGACAUUUGAAUUUAAAAAAUUAGAUGAUGAAUUGUAGCCAUACAUUUAGAGAAUAAAUUUUAUUUAUUUCUUUUCUGUAAAUAUUAGAAUAUUGAUUUUUGAGGUGCAUUUUGUUGCACACACUAUUGCCUUGAGAUUACUUUUUACAUUUGUUUUUUAGAAAUUUUUAACAAACUAGAACAAAGUCUUUAAUAGCAUUCUAGCAUUAUAUUAUUGCUGAGAACUGGUUGUGAGACAGUUUUUUUUAACUUAUUUCUUCAUUAGAAACAAGUCUCUUUGAUAUUUAUAAAAGGGCAUUCAUCUUUAUUCAAGUAUUUUUUAUGUUUUUAGAGCAAUACUUUCAAUCAUGUAGGUUUUAUUGUUACAUUUAAAAUUUGUUUACAUUUUUAAUCUUUUACCAAUCAGUCUUUGUUUUUUUUAAGUCUUGUUUUAGUUCAUUUUGAAAAAAGGUUUGUUAGCAUGAGUUGUGUAGUCGGUAACAUAUCCACAUGAACAUAAUUAUUGAUUCAAUAGCAAACUUUUUCAAAUCUUCAAUGACACUUUCAACAAUGUCAGUAUUGUAUUUAAACCAUGUGACUUUAAUGUACUUAAUCAUUUAAUGAUAAAAUGUCAAAUUUCUGCAAUGUGUUCAGACCACAUGUAAAGUGGUCAAAAUAUUUUGAAUUCCAAAUAUAUAUUUUGUAUUUUUUCUUUUUUUUAUCCAAUGGUAAUGUUUUAAUAAAAUAAUUUUAUGAACUAGUCUUGUGCAUUUAACAAAGCCUUGCCACUUUAUUCACCUCAAUAAUUUGGAAGUAAUAUUUGGACUUGUUGAAAUUGUUUUAUGAAGAAUCUCAUUUAUUUUAGUGAUUUAUGAAUUUAAUUUAAAAUGUCACGAUUUUGCUUGCAAACUUCAGAUUCUGUAUUUGUGUUUGUAUGGUUGGUAACAAAUGUUUAGCAGGUCACACAUGUUGAAGAAGCCUAGUCCUAGAAUUUUAAUGGUAUUAUUUGUGGCUUGGGGAUUUACAAUAAUAUAAUUUUAUAAGAAUGUAAUGUAUACAGAUGUUCCAUGUGAAGAAGUGAAAUAAUUUUGCCAGUCUUUAAUCUCAAGUAUAAUGCAUUUUAUUUUUUGAAGCCCAUACAUUUUUAUAUUUGUAGUGGCAGUAAAUUUAAAAAACUUGUACUAAUUAACAUUGUAUGAACAUAAUAUUGGUAUGCAAGUGUCAGUGUUUGUAUCUAGGAGAUAUAAAUGUGAGAAAUGGCCUGUCAAAAGAUGUUUGGGUAAAUGUUUGUAAAUGCUUGUAAAUGUUUUUUACUUUUCUUAAAUGUUUUUUAACUAAUUUUUGUAAAUAUUACAUAAUGUGAGCCAAAUGUGUAAUGGAAGAAUGUAUAUUUAGUGUCAAGUUCUAUAAAAUGUCUUGUGUGUGUAUAUUUCAUGUGAAUGUUUCUGAAACUUAAAAUAAAUCUGUUGACCAUUGA